AUUUAAUAUUUAAAUUUUCAAUUUAUUGAUAAGAUACAGAACCUAACAUUGGGGGUCAAUGGUACAAUUUGACCAAUACCUCGCCCCCUAUGUCCUAUUUUGGGCUAUGUUUUACGUUGGGUUAAAGAAACCCACCUCCAUACUUGAAAACCAGGGGCAUUGCGCGCGCCCAAAGAAAUUUCGUUGUUAAAUUGGUCAUUUUGUGAGAGCGUAUUAGGGUGACGAGCAAAGAUCCUUCGGUUCUUGCGUCUUUCGGAAAGAGUUAGAUUGUAGACUGACUCAAUUGAAAGCUCGAGAUUCUAGCCGGCAGGGAGUAUUAUAAAAGAUGGCUGACUUUGAAAAUUCUCACAGUAGCAAAGAUUUGAGAAAAAGAGAAAAACGCAUGCCAAAAAUAGAGAAUACAAUACAGAUUGCUGACACAGGAGAGUCAAUUAUGAGGAUAGGCAAACCUAGUUCCAGCAUGGAAGACAAAAGCAUAUUUCUCACAAGCAGUGCAUUCAAGUGUCACAGUCACAGGUCUUUCAACAAUGAACAAUCUAGCUCUUAUACUGACGAUGUUCUCAUCAAGGAGGAGGACGACAAGGAGAAGAAACCUAACACUCUAACUGGGCCUAUUACCAGGGAGAUGAAGGUUACAAGCCAAUCUUAUGGGAAGGAAAACUUGGAGAAGAAGAUUUCAAGCCUACCUAUGUCUCACAGCAAGAGAAUGCACACCAUGGUUGUUGAUAUGCAAUUGUUUGAAAUAGAGUCUUGCCAAGAGCUAAAGAGAGACUUAAAAAAGAUGAGUAGGCAUGAAGAAAACCUUCUGAUUCUAAAGAAAUUUUUGAAAGUCAGAAAAGAGAAGGAACACAAUGAUCAAGGGGUAUUUUUCGCCACUUCAUUUUCAUUGAGUAAUGACGUCAGUUGUGUGGAAGAAAGGGUGAAGCAGAUGGCAACAAUAUUAGCGAUGGUAACCCUACGACAAUGGAUGUUAAAUGGUUGGAAAGAUUUGGAAAGCUUGGCCAAAUGUGCAAAAAAGUCUCAUAUUUAUAAUGCCCUUCAAGACAGCGUGUUCAAAAGCUUGGCCAAGUUUAUUCUAAGUAUUUUUGAUACGGAAGAUCUUGAACGAUUCAACUUUUAUAAUAGGAUUGUAUCUGAAAACAAAAAAUUUUAUCGUGAAAAGUUGUUACCUCUACCUCUAGAGGAUUGUGAUGACCCUGCGAAACUUAUUGCUGAAGGGAAGAUAACUCUAGAUGGUUUUCCUUUGUUGACGGAGUAUGAUAUGGAUUUCUUAUUGAGGUGUGUGUUUUUAUUUAUCUUUGCUAGAGGAUGCUUUUAUGAUAUCUGCUAA